GAAAAACCUGCUGUACCUGCUCCUGCAUAACCUGAGAAGGUGUGACAGAGAGGUGGGGCAUAGAGAGAGAGAGAGAACGAGAGAGAGAGAGCCGACAAAGUUGUAGAGAUACAGACAGAAAGACUAAGACAGAGAGAGAGAGAGAUUUGUACUAUUUGAGUCUGAGAAAGGAGCAGGAAUCAAAACACGUUCUUUACACACAGAUGGAAGGACAUCAGACUCUCAGUCCCCCAAAUCCACAGGCUCCAUACAAUCCCCCUCCGAACCACAUAUACACUAAUAACAUCAAAGCUAAUGGAGUGAUGAACGGUCAGCCUGAUAAGGCACUCUUGAGGGCACAGCAGGAAGUGGACACGUUAAAUCAUUGUUUUGAGGAGAUUGAGGUAUUCAUGAUGAAACUGCAGCAGGCAGCUGAAGCUCAGAACAUCUUGGAACAGAGAAACAACAAGAAGAAAAAGAGUAGAAAGAAGGAGGAUGACCUGCUCAGUGCUAAAGCUAAAAUUCCUCCUGAAGCAGAGUUCAUCCAGAUCUUUCAGAAAUUCAAAUACAGCUUCUGUCUUCUGGCGAGGUUAAAAUCGGCCAUUGCUAACCCCACAUCAGAUGAACUCCUACACCAUAUCUUCAAACCACUGGACAUGAUUGUGAGGACUACCGGAAGUCCCGCUUUAGCAGCAUCAGUGAGAAGUCCUGCAUUAACAGUGGGUGCAGUAAUGCUACUGAAAGAGAACCUAACACAGCAAGAACACACACUCUGGAGCUCCCUGGGAAGCUAUUGGACACAAUCAGGAUUAACAUUAGGUAUUUCUGGAUCUUCGUACACUCCUGUGUUUCUGAAUGGUUGGAAACCAUCCGGGACAGAGCUUGAGGGCUGGAUCGAUCCCAUCCAAGCAGAACACAAUAAAGACCAAGAGCUGGAAAUGCUUGCGAGCUCUGACCAGCCCCCUGUUCCUGUUCAGAACACACACACAGAAGUUGAUGGUGCACCAUUGAAGGAGAGACUGUACAGCUGCAGCUAUGACUUUGUGGCUCGGAACAGCAGUGAGCUCUCAGUCCUGCAGGGAGACACGCUGGAGGUAAUUGAGUCCUCUAAGCGAUGGUGGAAGUGUCGUAACAGGUUUAAUGAAGUCGGUUUUGUCCCCUUUAACAUUCUGGAGCCUAUUUCUCACAUAGAGAGCCUGGGGCCCAACAAACCACCCAAGACUCCAGCACCACCUCCAUUGCAGAAGACAAGCACUCUGCCUCUGCCCACUUCCCUUGGCGUGACCACUAACCUCAACACUUCACGACCUCGCAGCAUUGCCCUGCCACCUCAACACCUGCCUGAGGACACAGAGAAAGCGAUGCAGGUUAAUGAUGAACUCUUGCGGAGACUGACCAGUGGAAAAACAGCGUUGUCUCGUCCAUUGGCCAUCCCUCGCUUUGCAGAUACCUCACUUCCUCUGGACUAUCACUCACCCCCUGCUGAGGUAGAGGCCUGGCUACAUGGGAAAGGCUUCAGUGAGCCGACUACACAGUGUCUUCGUGUGUUAACAGGAGCUCAGCUCUUCUCUCUGAAUAAAGAGGAACUUCGCGCUGUCAUUCCUGAAGAAGGAGCGAGGGUGUACAGCCAAGUUGCCGUACAAAAGGCACUGCUGGAGGAUGUCAGAAAGGCAACAGAGCUGGAGGCAGUGAUGGAGAAACAGAAGAUGAAGGUGGAUUUCACAGAGGAGAGUGGAACUCUGUAAUAUACGCCUCAUACUCUAGCGUACUACACCCCCCCACAAACACAUGUAGUUUAUAUAUACACAUUCAUGUACAUGGUAUGGUGUAACAAAAAAACCCUAACAUUUAUUUAAUGCCUUUAUACACACACACAAACACACACACACACACACACACACACACACACACACACACACACACACACACACACACACAGAGUCUAUAUGAUACAUUACAGACUAUUCCUCACAUACUUACAGAAAUCAACUGCCAUUUUAUGGUAAAGCUGUCUAAAUGUAAAUGUUCAAUCUUUGACUGUACAUUCAUAAAUUAUAAUAACUUGUGUGGCA